AUGUCGCGACCCAACCGCGAUGCCGGCUCGUACCCGUCCUCAGGGGCCUAUGCCCAGCCGGUCAGAGUAGGGUACACGCAGCCAUCCCCUCGUGACACCGGGUCGGGGUAUGCCCCUCCGGCCCCCUAUCGUCCGGAACCCCGUGGUGGAGGUUUAGAAUCCCGAGGCGGCUACGGGGGUGGUUACUCGGGUCGAACGAAUCCUCUCGCACCUCCUGGAAGUGGAUAUGGUGCACCCUUCGGGGCCGCGGUGACCCUCAAGGACCUCCUGGUGGUGGAGGACCCGCACAUGGAGGAUCCGGCGGGUACUAUGGUGGUCCUCCUGGCCCUCCGGGAGCCGGACCCGGUGGGGACGGCACUGGUCCCGGACAGCCCAAUUCACCCCGGGAGUGCCCACCAGCGUCAUUACGGGCUCAACGACACCAAGGUCGUUCAAAUAUUCGAUGACCGCCUGACAUCCUGCGAGGUACUUUCCGUCCAGGACUGGUGGGCUGGACGGUGCCGUGACAGCGAACCAGUCUCCUGGGUGGAGGCUCGGGAGGCUUUCCGGAAGGAGUUCAUUCAGAAGACACUGAGUCGAAAGGUGGCCGAGAUUCCCGACAACUCCCGCCCGAAGUCUAUAGAAACCAUCUGGGAGUAUGCGUGGCGGAUUGCGGACGCCUCCCGGAAGGCUGGGUUGCAGGUCAAUAGGACCGUGGUUAUGAUGGUCAAUGGAUGUAGCGAUGCGGAGGUGGCCGUAUGCCUCCGGGGAGCCUCUGUUCGCCCUGAGACUAUCGAAAUCAGCCUGGAUUACCUGAUUGAGCGAGAUGUCAGCUCGGAGCACGCCCCGGACUCCAUCUCACGACUUCAACGGGACAUGACGAGCUUGGCUACCUUUAACAACGACCAGUUUUCCUCCAUCCAAGUUGUCGUUGCCAUGAUCUCUACGGACAACCGGACAUGA